AUGGCCGCGUCCACCCUGUCCGUCUGCUCCAGCGACCUGAGCUAUGGCAGCCGCGUCUGCCUGCCCAGGGCCUUGGACUCCUGCCCCGACUCCUCCUGGCAGGUGGACGACUGCCCAGGGAGCUGCUGCGAGCCCCCGUGCUGCGCCCCGGCCCCCUGCCUGACCCUCCUGUGCGGCCACUCCUCUCCCUGCCAGGGAGACUGCUGCACCCCUGCGUGCUGCAAGCCCGUGUGCUGCACCCCUGUCUGCUGCAAGCCCGUCUGCUGCACCCCUGUCUGCUGCGAGCCCUUCUGCUGCACCCCUGUCUGCUGCAAGCCCGUGUGCUGCACCCCUGUCUGCUGUGAGGACUCCCCCUGCACAACCUCUUCAUGCUGCCAGCCAUCCUGCUGCACCUCCUCCCCCUGCCAGGAAGACUGCUGCACCCCUGUGUGCUACAAGCCCGUCUGCUGCACCCCUGUCUGCUGCGAGGACUCCCCCUGCUCAGCUUCCUCCUGCUGCCAGCCCAGCCCCUGCUGCAGACCCUCCUCCUGCGUGUCUCUACUCUGCCGCCCCGUGUGCAGGCCCACCUGCUGCACCCCUGUCUGCUGCAAGCCUGUCUGCUGCACCCCUGUCUGCUGCAAGCCCGUCUGCUGCACCCCUGUCUGCUGCAAGCCCGUGUGCUGCACCCCUGUCUGCUGCGAGGAUUCCCCCUGCUCAGCCCCCUCCUGCUGCCAGCCCAGCCCCUGCUGCAGACCCUCCUCCAGUGUAUCCCUGCUCUGCCGCCCCGUGUGCCCCCGCCCCGCCUGCUGCGCCCCUGCCUCCUCCUGCUGCCGCCCGGCCUCCUGCGUGUCCCUGCUCUGCCGCCCCGCGUGCCCCUGCCCUGCCUGCUGCGGCCCUGUCUCGGGCCAGCCCUGCUGCUGA